UCUACUCUAUUCGUUCCUUUGAUUACUAGUAAUCAUAGUCCCCACUCUCCUUUAUUUCCCCCUCUAUCAAGCACGCUUUCCGACUCCAAUACCGGAACAAAAAUUCUGAGCUUUGAUGGGUACUGAUGCAUGUAACACUGGCCUCGUUCUCGGUUUAAGCCUCUCAUCGACCGUGGAGUCUUCAUCCAAGCAGGAUCACAACCAAAUUCCCAAUAAGAUUCCAUCGUUUCUUAAGCUUGAAUCAACGAGUUUUGAUGACGAAUCUUCGCUCACAUUGGGGCUUUCUGGUGGCGGGCGAGGUGAGAGUUAUCAGGUUAUGGCUGCUGCUACACAAAAGGUUGAUGUGAAAUCUACCGUGGGCGGUGAUUUGUAUCGCCGAGCUUCAUCUCUUAGUGCUGUUUUAUCGUUUUCAAGCGGUAAGGUCAAGAGGGAGAGAGAGCUUAGCAGCGAAGAAUUAAUGGAGGUAGAGAAGAAGAAUAAUUCUUCUAAACUCAUUGAUGAAGAUGAAGAAGGUGUUAAUGCAAGAAAGAAACUCCGUCUCUCCAAACAACAAUCUGCUCUUCUCGAGGAAAGCUUCAAACAACAUAGCACUCUCAAUCCCAAACAAAAACAAGCUUUAGCAUGGGAAUUAAACAUGAAGCCUAGACAAGUUGAAGUAUGGUUUCAAAACAGGAGAGCCAGGACAAAGCUGAAGCAAACUGAGACGGACUGUGAGUUAUUGAAAAAGUGUUACGAGGCACUAACGGAUGAAAACAGGAGACUGCAGAAGGAGAUUCAAGAGCUCAAGGCACUGAAACUGGCUCAACCCUUUCACUUGCACAUGCAAGCGCCCACCCUCACCAUCUGCCCCUCUUGUCAAACAACUACCGGCGUCGCCGAUGCCAAUGGCAAUUCCGACAACCCAUAUUCGAUGGCAUCGAAGCCUCACCAUUUCUAUAACAACAAUCCCUUAAGCAAUCCUUCUGCAGCAUGUUGAUUAUGUUUUUUUGUUAGAGCCUUAGUAUCAAAGGAAAGAAAAUAGAUCCCAACAAGCCAACAACCCCUUUAUUUUUGGUUGAUGGCUUCUAGUGAAUUAAAACUAGUUUAAUUAUUCAAUUAAUUAAUUUGUAGAAUCCACUCAUCUUUUGUUUGUAAUGAUCAUUAGAAAACAUAUAUAG